AUGCAACGAUUAGAUAGUAUUAGAGAGGCUAUUGGAAAUGACCAAAUAGAUAAAUUACUUCCAACAUUAAAAGCAACAAAUAAACAAAUAAUAUUUGUAUGUUAUAAUCAAAUGGGAAACCCAAAUAUUAGAGAUGGAAGUGCUUUUUAUACAGAAAAGGAAAUGAUAGAAAAUAAUAUUAAAAUUAUUGUUUAUAUGGGAACAACUGAAGAUAAACAAUACGUUGCAGUUGAAACUGAACAUGCUCCAGUUGGAAGUAUUUCAAUGAAUUUAACUGAAUGUAUGAAAUUAGAACAUACCAUGUGUGAUAUUAUUGGAUUUGGAAGUGCUUUAAUAAAAUUUAAUCAACGUUUUAGUUAUUGUCCACGUUGUGGAAAUAAAAUGAAGUAUGGGGGAUUUGGAACUCAUAUGGAUUGUGGAAGUUGUAAAAAUAUGGUAUUUCCAAGAACAGAUCCUUGUAUUAUUGUUGUUGUACGUCAUCCAACAGAAAAAAAAUGUUUAUUUGUUCGUAAAUCAAUUAUGCCAGAAAAACGAUAUACUUGCGUUGCUGGAUUUCUUGAAGUAGGUGAAUCUGCUGAAGAGUGUGUUACUAGAGAAGUUUGGGAAGAAGUCCAUUUACAUGUUAAAGAUGUUAAAUAUGUUACAAGUUCUGGAUAUCCUCUUCCUGGAGCGAAUCAGAUAAUGCUUGGUUAUGAAGCACAAGCAAUAGAUAGUGAGAUUGAUAUUAUUCCUGGAAAUGAAUUAUGUGAAGCAUUUUGGGUCAAUGAAGAAGAAGUUAAACAAGCUAUAAAUGAAUCAAAAAAACCAAAACCAGAAGGGAGAUAUACUGUUCCACCAACUUAUAUUGCACAUCAAUUAUUCCAAUAUUGGGUGAAUCAUAUGUAA